AUGGCCGAGGGGGAGACCCUGCGCUCUGUCUCUCGCCCUCUGGCCAGGAGUCGGGCGCUAAGUCCCAGGAAACUUCCCGACUAGGCAGAUUGGGGGAUCGGUUUUUUUGUAUUAGUUUGUUUCUAUUUUAUUUAUAUUAUUGGUAUUAUUAUUAGUAUUAGUAUUCUCCUUGCCUUGCCUUCCCCUCGAGUGGCCUUUCCCCUUCCCAUGCGCGGAGAAGGACGGCGCUGAGCGGCUGAGCUUGGCUGGAGGAGGCGGACGGAGCUUCGGGGUUAGAGAUCUGAAACAAUGGGUGACUGGAACUUUCUGGGGAGACUAUUAGAGAAUGCACAAGAACACUCCACAGUUAUUGGCAAGGUUUGGCUGACAGUACUAUUUAUCUUCAGGAUUUUGGUCUUGGGGGCCGCUGCUGAGGAGGUCUGGGGAGAUGAACAAUCAGACUUUACAUGCAACACACAACAACCUGGUUGUGAAAAUGUCUGCUAUGAUGAAGCCUUCCCAAUCUCUCAUAUCCGUUUCUGGGUGCUGCAGAUCAUUUUUGUCUCCACGCCAACCCUCAUCUACCUGGGCCAUGUGCUUCACAUCGUGCGCAUGGAGGAAAAGAAAAAGGAGAAGGAAGAAGAAAUUAGGCAAAGGGGAAAUGGCAAGGAUACCAAUACCAGCCACCUCAAGGGAUCCAAAGGAGAAGGGGGCAGUGAUGUUAGCAGCAACAACAACAGGGAUCCACCUCCACGGAAAGAAGAGAAAUCACCACUCCGUGAUGAGCGUGGCAGGAUUCGGAUGGCAGGUGCUCUGCUGCGCACCUAUGUCUUUAACAUUAUUUUCAAAACUCUCUUUGAAGUUGCCUUUAUCGUGGGCCAGUAUUUCCUGUAUGGCUUUCAGCUGAAGCCACUCUACCGUUGUGGCCGCUGGCCCUGCCCAAAUAUUGUGGAUUGUUUCAUUUCAAGGCCCACAGAGAAGACUGUCUUCAUCAUCUUCAUGUUGGCUGUGGCUUGUCUCUCUCUGCUCCUCAAUAUGUUUGAGAUGUACCACUUGGGAUGGAAGAAGUUCAAGCAGGGCAUGACUAGAAGAUACAGCCGCACAGCACCUGCUCUGACCACGGUUGCAUCCAUUUCAGAAGUGGAGGACUCCAAACCUCUCUCCUCCUCAGCCUUGUCUCCAACUGCAGAGCCUCCGGUUGUCUCAGUCGUUCUGCCUGAAACCCGUACCAUCACCCCACUGGCUUUUCCUCAAGUCCAGCUGCCGCAUUAUACUGAGGCUACCGCUAGGCCUCAGCUACCCUCUGUUACAACCUCUCUGGUUGGAUAUCCAAGCGAGCCCCCGGCUGGUGAAGGGAUGUGCAAGGCCACUGUGCACACAGCAGUCUCGACACCUAUAGCAACCACGUCCUCCAUCCCUACCCCUUCCCCUGUCAUCAGCUCCUACUUCAACAGCCACACCCUGGCUCAUAAGCAGAAUUGGGCCAACAUGGCAGUCGAGCAUCAGAGGAAAAUGCUGCUUUCCAGCUCGCUUGCCUCUUCCACCCCCAGCAGCCUUCAACGAUCCCAUCCAGAACAAGAGGAAAGCUGUGAACACCCUCCACCUCCGCCUUCUUUGUCACCGGUCGCUGCCGCCAACAGCAGCAGCGUGAGCACCAGCUUGAGUGGGGGAAGCGGCAGCAAGUGGGAGGGAGAAGGUGAAGAAGACGAGCGGCCCAUGUCAGCCACCUGCACCCUGGUGGAGAUGCAUGACCCCCCUCUGCUCAUAGACUCACGUCGCUUGAGCAGAGCUAGUAAGUCGAGCAGCAGCAGGGCCAGGUCAGAUGACUUGACCAUCUAACUUGAUCCCUUGCACUUGGAGGGAGGGAUGGCAGAGGCAGCAAAAUGUAAAGGGGAACCCACAUGAGGAUUGGGUGGGAUCGGGUUGGGGAUGGGGAUAUAGGGAGGGUUAGACUAGGCUCGACCCCAGGACAGGGGGGAUAGGGGAGGCCAUGAUUCCAAACUGUUAAGUUUGUAGUUCUUGCAAUCUGUGGCUUGUAGUGGUGAUAGUGGUGAUGAUGGGAAGGAUUACUUAUCAAUGUUUUCUCGUAGGUCAGGAGUGGCUCUGGUGCAGCCCCUUGACCAAGGGACCAAUACAGCCAGAUCUUGCAAGGGGGGAAAGACUUCAUGUGCCAGCAGCAAGUGAGAACAUGCUGUUCAUAAGGCCAUACCCCCUGCAAAAAAUGUUUAGUUUUUAACAUCUGUCAUCUCUCUCUUUCCCUCACCACUGUUAUAUUUACUACCUUAGGUUCACAUUUAGUUCUUUCAAAGGAAGAACGGAGGGGGAAGGGGAAGGGAGAGGGAGGGGGAAUAAAUAUACAUAGGAAGCAGAGGCUUACUUUAUGUUAACCCAGGCAUGGGCAAACUUCAGCCCUCCAGGUGUUUGAACUUCAACUCCUAUUGGCUGUUAGGAAUUGUGGGAGUUGAAGUCCAAAACACCUGGAAAGCCAAAGUUUGUCCAUGCCUGCAUUAACCUUUCCUACCUGCCACCAAUAAUUUCCCUGGCAUGAAAACAACAAGAGAUCACAUGGGUCAAACAAGCAUAUUAAAAAGUAGCAGGCUUACAAUUCUCCUAUUUAAAUAGGACAGUUUCUACUUGUAAUAAUUUGCCAGUUCGAAUGGGUCUGGACUGGGCAAUAUGGAAGUAACUCCUCUUAUAGAUUUCAUCAUUCAUAGUUCAUUAAUUAGCAUUUUGGUUUUUUCUCCCUUUUCCUUCCCCCGUCCCUUGCCAUCCUUUGACUCUGGAUCUGUGUGGAAGUGUCAGUCUUGAAAUUCUUCUAUACAAUGUUUCCAAACCAUGAAUACAUAUUUUAAAUCUACGUGUUCUUUUUAAAUGUUUGGUUCUGUAUUCUGAAAUUAAUGCUGAAACUCCAAAAACAAAGAACUAAAGCACAUGUGUCUCAACAUACGACAUUGUCGAGUUUGAAAUACAGAAAAGAAAUUGUUCCGGUGUGUGGGGUUUAUUUGCCUUUUGUGGCAAUUAUGAGCAGAACUGUAGGGUGAACUCGGACUAUGUAUUUUGAAUGACUAGAUAGUUUUGAGUUAGUUGGGAAAAGUACUGAGAACACAAUUUGUCAGAGGUGAGAGUUUUCAAAUUAUAUUGAUUCAAAAGGAGAGAGUAAAGGAAGUAGGUGUGCCUCUAGUUAAAAUAAAUAGAAUUUAAAAGGAAUUAUUGUUGGCCAAUAGAAGUCAGUAGGGGUAAACCACAUUUGGCAAAAGCUUCACAUCAUGACCAUGGCUGCAAUCCUAAACAUGCAUAUUCCAUUUUUCUCAGUGGGGCUUAUUUCCAAGUACAUAUGUACAAGAUUGUGCUGUAGUGAAAUAUUAUGCUGCAUACCUGAAUACUCUAAAAAAUCUUUACAGGUUUCCAAUUAAUAUGUCAGUGUAUUUCUUUCAUCUCAUGGAAGAAGCAUACAGGGAUUUAAAAAGUAGCAUAUCUUACAGCAUAUUGUUGGCCAUUCCCAUAAAUGGAAAAUAACUUGUCUGCAGCAUAAUAAUAUGUCAAAAACAAACAAGUAGGACCUGACCCCGCUAAAUGUAGUUGUGCUCAACCCAUCUGGAAAAAAUGGAUUUGUGUUGUCAAAGGCUUUCAUGGCCGGAAUCACAGGGUUGCUGUGAGUUUUCCAGGCUGUAUGGCCAUUUUCCAGAAGUAUUCUCUCCUGACAUUUCACCCACAUCUAUGGCAGGCAUCCUCAGAAGUAGUGAGGUUUUGGAAACUAUAUAAACCCACUUGCCUAGUUUCCAACACCUCACAACAUCUGAGAAUGCCGCCAUAGAUGUGGACAAAACGUUAGGAGAGAAUGCUUCUGGAACAUGGCCGUACAGCCUGGAAAACUCGCAGCAACCCAAAAAUGUAUUUGCUAGUUGCAACUUAACUUGGCUUCUGUGGGGUUUAAGUUCUACUAACUGCCUUUGAAACCAGAUCCAAAAUCGAAUGUGUUUAUGUUUAACUGUUUUUGACCUACUUUUGGUGCUUCCCUUGUCUGUAAAUUAAAGGAUUACAUUGUUUAGAAUUAGGAAAUACAUUUGAAUAUACUGUGACUGAAUUUCACUUUCUGAAUCUGAUUCAGAAGUGAUGCAGAGUAGAUACAUUAUCUGUGAAACAUCCUCAUAGAGAUGCAAUUCACUGCCAAUUACAAGAAGCACAUUUCUGUGCAUUUUUACUCAGAAGUCAGUCUUAAUUUUUUGGAGCCAACUUUCAAGUAAGCAUGGGUAGGAUUGCAGCCUAUGUUAAUCAGUGAAGCUGAGGACAGAAAAUUUUAGAAUACACUUGUAUAAAGAAGACAUUUCAAACAUAACAUUGAGCAUCUAGCUCAGGCAUGGGCAAAUUUUGUCCCUCCGGGAGUUUUGGACUUCAACUCCCACAAUUCCUAACAGCCUCAGGUCCUUUCC